GUGAAUCCGAAACAUGUAAGAGGCACGGAGAAUUUGCCCGGACGGCUUGAGACUUUUGCCGGCGAAGAUGAAGAGACCGUGAGGUUUUCUUCUCCGGGAGUCAAUAAGACGACGAAUUGUUCUUCCAGAAAAUAAAUCCCCACCUACUUUUCAUCUUCCUCCUCUCCGUCCAGCCAUGGCGCCGCUGAAUCCACUAAAACCCAACGUACGCCGAUUUCUUCAGUUCGCGGGAUCUCCGAUUCUGCUGCGAUACUCUAAGACUCCAAUGGCCUCCUUCAGGAUUGAACUCGGUAUGUUCGUUGAAAGAUCUAAGGAAUGAUGAUAGAUAUACACGUUUUGUGACAGACAUGCGUCCAAGUUUUGAUCCAUUUGGUCGUGCGUGCAGAUUCUCUUGGAACGUGCAUCCAAGUUUGAGGAAAUCAGUGACGAUGGUUUCAUCUCCGCGCAAAGGUCAGCUCUUUUUGUCUUCUCUACGUUUUCCUCAACGUGUUAACAUGUCACUAAUUGACGAAUUCAGUAAAAAAAAAAAAGAGGAAAAUUAGAGAGAGAGAACGAGAUACGACUUUGGAGUUUCAAAACUGUUUUAUAAAGAUGGAACACAUAGAGAUAUUAGAUGUCACAAGUAGUAAAAGUGGGUUUCUUGACCCAUAAAAAUGUUGUUCCCUCCUCUUCGUCUCUUCUUCUCUCUCUUCCUAUUGCUCUCCUCCGUUUGUCUCUUACAGAUCAAAGCUAAUCCCGACGAUGAAAGCGGCUUGGGCAGUCAUAUAAAAGUAGACCCGAAACUCAAGUUCGAGAACCCGAAGCUACGUGACGCAUACAUUGCUCUCCAAUCAUGGAAACAAGCAAUCUUUUCUGACCCUUUCAACUUCACAGCCAAUUGGAAUGGGUCAGAUGUUUGCUCCUACAAUGGUAUCUACUGUGCUCCUUCUCCUGAUUCAUACGGGAAAACCAGAGUCGUUGCAGGCAUUGACCUCAACCAUGCCGACAUGGCUGGUUACUUGCCUUCCGAGCUUGGUCUCCUCUGUGAUCUCGCUCUGUUCCACCUUAACUCAAACCGUUUCUGCGGUGAAGUCCCUCUCACGUUCAAUCGCAUGAAGCUUCUCCACGAGCUUGAUCUUAGCAACAACCGAUUCGUCGGUAAGUUCCCUAACGUUGUCCUCUCGUUGCCUUCCCUCAAGUUCUUGGAUCUCCGCUUCAACGAGUUCGAAGGCAAGAUCCCGGCGAAGCUCUUCGACAGAAAGCUCGACGCUAUAUUCUUGAACCAUAACAGGUUCCGGUUUGGAAUUCCUGAGAACAUGGGGAACUCUCCGGUUUCUGCUCUGGUUCUUGCAGACAACGAUCUCGGAGGAUGCAUCCCGGGAAGUAUCGGUCAAAUGGGGAAGACACUCAACGAGCUUAUCCUCUCCAACGAUAACUUAACCGGUUGUUUACCUCCUCAGAUUGGAAACCUCAAGAAUGUGACGGUUUUCGACAUCAGUUCGAACCGUUUACGUGGUAUGUUACCGUCUAGCAUCGGCAACAUGAAGAGCCUAGAAGAGCUUCACGUGGCUAACAAUGGCUUUGCAGGAGUCAUUCCUCCAAGUAUCUGCCAGCUUCCUAACCUUGAGAACUUCACCUACUUUUCCAACUUCUUCACCGGGCGUGCUCCUAUAUGUGCAGCUCUAACGGUAGCCGACGCUGCGGUGAAUGGCUCCAUGAACUGUAUUACCGGUAUGGCUCGUCAAAGAUCGGCUAAAGAGUGUUUAUCUCUGCUCGCUCGUCCUGUUGAUUGCAGUAAGUUUGGAUGUUACAACAUCUUCUCUCCACCACCACCGACGUUCAAGAUGGCACCCGCCGUCCGGAGACUUCCUCCACCAGUUUACGUUUACAGUUCGCCACCACCACCGUCCUCUAAGAUGUCGCCUACCGUCAGAUCAUACUCUCCACCACCACCUACAUCCAAGAUGUCGCCUACCGUUCGAGCUUACCCUCCACCACCACCACCAUCACCAUCUCCACCUCCGCCUUACGUAUACUCAUCUCCUCCGCCUCCGCCUUAUGUAUACUCAUCUCCUCCACCUCCGCCUUAUGUAUACUCAUCUCCUCCACCUCCGCCUUACGUAUACUCAUCUCCUCCACCUCCACCUUAUGUAUACUCAUCUCCACCUCCACCUCCUCCAAGUCCACCGCCGUGUCCUGAAUCAUCUCCGCCACCGCCUGUCGUAUACUACGCACCCGUAACUCAAAGCCCGCCACCACCAACACCGGUAUACUACUCUCCGGAAACACAAAGCCCUCCACCUCCAUCACCUGUUUACUAUUCACCGGAAACACAUAGCCCUUCACCGCCACCACCAGUAUACUAUCCACCGGUGACAAACAGUCCACCACCACCAUCACCAGUAUACUAUCCGCCAGUAACACCAAGUCCACCACCACCAUCACCGGUUUAUUAUCCGUCGGAAACACCAAGUUCUCCACCGCCAUCACCGGUUUACUAUCCGCAGGAAACACCAAGUCCUCCUCCACCACCGACGGAGUACUACUAUUCACCAAGCCAGUCUCCGCCGCCACCAAAGGACUGCAACGACGGCCAUCCUCCACAAGCAUCACCAAGUUACGAACCAACUCCUGAAAAUUCAUACUCAUCACCACCACCACCGUCUACUCCUUCCUACUCGGACACGCCUCUUCCACCGAUUCCAAGUGUCUCGUAUGCGUCGUCUCCUCCUCCUCUGCCGUUCUACUAGUUUCAUCAGACCAUUGAGAACAAAUCCGUAAUUGCCUUAUGUUUUAACAUGAUGGACACGCGAGAACUACGUACUCACAAUGACAUUCUUUUGCCUGCGAGACUCAAUUUGUGUGUUUGGUUGAUUAAAAAAAAAAACAUUCGAGUUAUUUUUUUUACUAUAUUUUUAUUUGGAUAUUUUGUUUCUUUUUUGUUUUGGUUUUUCCCUAACGCAGAGCUGCAUCAGCAGCAAUGGAGUACAUAGUUUCAGUUUAUCUGUCUGUCACCAUCUUAUAUGUAUUUCUUGUUAUUAAAAUGUUCUGUAAAAAUAAUAACUUUAAAAUAUACACUCCUCAUU